UUUAUUACUGUUAAAUCCAAUUACGAGUGUAAUAUAAUCGUGGAUUGCUGAAUAAUGGAUAUCCCAAAAAAUGCAUUCACAUGGCCAGAUUAUGUGGUAUUUAUUUUAAUGUUACUGGUUUGUUUAUUUAUUGGAGUAUAUUUUGGAUUCUUUAGAGCAUCAAAAAAUGUGAAAGAGUAUUUAAUUGGAAAUAAAAAUAUGACCGUAUGGCCAGUAACAAUAUCACUUGUUGUCAGCUAUAUUUCUGGAAUAUCGUUAUUGGGAUUUCCUUCAGAAACUUAUGUUUCUGGUAUACAAUAUGUGUAUUUGCAAUUUAAUGGAUUAUUUGCAGCAUUUAUUAUUAACAAAAUAUAUCUACCAGUUUUUAUGGAGUUGCGAUUAACUUCCACUUACGAGUAUUUGGAACGACGAUUUGAUAAAUCAUUGCGGCGACUUGGAUCAAUUUUAUUCAUUAUCGGUGUGUUUUUAUGGCUUCCAAUUGUAAUAUACGUACCAGCGAUGGCGCUUAACCAUGUAACUGGCAUCAACACUCAUAUCAUAACUCCAAUUGUCUGCGCUGUAUGCAUUUUCUAUACUUGCUUGGGAGGAAUUCGUGCAGUAAUAUGGACUGAUUUUCUACAAGCGUUUUUAAUGAUAAGCUCAGUGAUUCUAGUGAUAAUUAAAGCAACCUGGGAUGUUGGUGGUUUGGGAACAGUAAUCGAACGUAAUGUAGCCACUGGAAGAAUAGAAUAUCCAGAUAUGGAAUUAAGUUUAACUAAACGGUUAACGUUCCCGGCAAUGGUGUUUGGAGGUACAUUUGGUGUCGUAAAUAAUGGAGUGCUUGAUCAAGUAAUGAUGCAAAGAUAUGUCUCGUUGCCAUCGAUAAAACAGGCUAAACGGGUAGUGUGGUUAUUUUUGAUAGUUAAAACAAUUUUUAUAGGAUUAUGUACUUCCUUAGGUCUGAUUAUUUUUGCAACUUAUUUCAAUUGUGAUCCUAUUUCAACAAAAAUUGUAUCUGAAAGAGAUCAACUUUUACCAUUAUUAGUUGUUGACACAUUAAAAGAUUUUCCAGGCGCUUCUGGAAUAUUUUUAGCAGGUGUUCUUAGUGCAUCACUUAGCUCUUUAUCAAGUGGCUUAAAUUCAUUGUCAGCUGUGAUUUUAGAAGAUUGUUUUAAGCCAAUUUUUAGAAAAUUAUCACCAAAACAAGAACAAAUUAUUGUUAAAACAGUGGUUUUUGUAGCAGGAAUUGUUAUAGUUGGUUUAGCUGGAAUAGUGGAAAAAUUCGGACAAGUAUUACCGUUAUACGAUGCCAUAUCUUCAAUUUCGUCAGGUCCUUUACUCGGAGUGUUUACUUUGGGAAUAUUAUUUCCAUGGGCAAAUGCAAAGGGUGCAUUAUACGCAGGUUUUAGUGGAAUACUGUUUAUGGGUUGGAUUUGUUUUGGUGCUCAGUCUAUGCUAGCAUCUGGAAAAAUGCGUCAUCCAGAAAAACCUGUUUUCACAGAUGGUUGUACAUUUAAUAUAACAGAACCUUUACCCACAUCUCUACCAACGAAUGACUUCGAUGAAACCAAUGUAUUCUUUAUGUAUCGAAUCUCAUUUGUAUUGAACAUGGCAAUUGGUUCAAUAUUUACAGUAGUUCUGGGUUUAAUAAUAAGUUACUUAACUGGUUUUAAUAAAAUUGAAGAUGUGGAUCCUUUAUAUUUAGCACCGUUUUUGAGACCAAAAAGUGUUGUUAGUCAAUCAUUUGAUAGUAAAGAAAAAUACAAUGAGAAAUUUGGCAUAAAUGUUUGCAUGACAGAGGCUGUUGAUUUAUUAGACAAAAGAAAAGAUUCAAGUUGCGCAGAAAAAAUAAAUUAUCAAGCAUGAAAUGUAAAAAGAAAAUUUGAAAAACUGUAGGUAUAUUACUAAGC